AUGGACAAGCCUCACUUAACAGGAUGUCUCGUCUUACUCUGCUAUUUGAAGGUUUUCUCUGCGUCAUUUCCACGUGAGAUAGACAAAUAAGAUAAAGUACUCUUUCAUGAAAAUAACAACGUUGUGGAAAUUGUGCAGUGUAGGAUGUGCCACCUCCAGUUCCCCGGGGAAAAGUGCUCCAGAGGAAGAGGAAUAUGCACCGCAACAGCAGAAGAGGCCUGUAUGGUGGGAAAGAUGUACAAAAGGGACGGUACCAUCUGGUUAAACUUCAAGGGCUGCUUAAAGAACUGUGCCAAUGUGAAAAACAUAAGGUGGGGCCCCUAUCUGGUAAACUUCAGGUGCUGCCGGGGCUAUGACAUGUGCAAUGAAGCAUUUUAGACGUGCUUCAACAUCCGGGUGACUGGAGGGCUUCUCCACAAGGACUUCCUGUGGAUAGCACUACAUAGAAGGACUGCAAGCACGUGACUCUGCCGCCUACGUGUAAGAGGAAACGCACCCUUUCUCUAAAGAGCCUUUCCAUUC